AACUAGUAUGCUAUGAAAUGAUUGUGGCUGGAGAUUCCGAUAUUCAACAUUACAAUCACCCCUUCAAGCGAUCCCCAUCGCAACAUAUCACAUUCAUAUAUGAUAUUACCAUGUCGAAUUUUGAAACGGAAUACAAAAGGGCGGAUGUUGGCUUCCCGGAGUGGAGUAAUAUUAACCGAAAGAGUGAUCUAGAGGGGGUCCUGGGGUUUUUCGACAAGAACAAGGGUAGCUCCGAUGUCCUCAAGCAGCAGCGUCAACCGGUGGAGUCAACCAACAUAGAAUCUCGCAAUGCCCUCCAAAGGUUUAAAGUUUCGGAGAAAAUAAGGCUUGGUCCCAAACACGAUGUGUGUAACACUAGGUCUAGAAACCCCAGCAUGUCAACGAAGGUUCCACCGCAGGCUUAUAACUUUAUGGGCAUUUAUUCGGAGCGCAAGGAUAAACUGAUCCAACAGCAGAAGGAGCAGGAGAGAAAGCAGCGUGAAUUCCGCAGUCGGCCAAUGCCGGAUUUUCGUCUAGUACACGAACGGCAAGCGAUCAAGGUGGUUGUACACCGUGUCACCCAUCCAGUGACUCCCAACGUACUCAGGAAUUCCCAGGAGAUGGAAGCUAAGCGCCGAAAAAGGGUUGAGCAGCUCAGGAAGGAGCGCCAACUGGAGGACGAGCUUCAUCGCCGCCAGGCUCCGAAGGCGAAGGCUAUUCCUUUAAGCUCGCGGCUUCAUCUGAAACCGGAGAAUCAUCGCUCCCACUCAUAUGUAGUAAAGGUUGAGCCCUUCAACCUUUCUUCUGAGUUGCGCGUCCAGGCGCGUCGUCUCUACAACCAGAAAAGCUCCAGGAUGCAGGAGACGAGGCGCCGAGAGCUGGAGACGGAGCGCCAGAGGUUGGAGCGAGAGGCCUACCUCAAGCAGCGCCAGCUUACAUCUUUUCGAGCCAGGCCCAAUCCAUUUGCAGUCCUAUCACGAUAGGUUUUGAUUUUUUUUUGAUUUGUUUAGAUAUUUUGUUUGUUGGAAAUUCAUUUUGUUCAUUAAAAUUAAAUUAAUCACCAGAA